AUGCAAUUAAAGUGUGCAGAAUAUCUAAAAGAAGCUGUAUUUAUUUAUUUAAGAUUAGGUGAACACAAAUAUUUAAUAAAUUCGAUAUUCAUUUAUGUCAAAAGCUUGUAAACAAAUUGCAUAAUUACUACCUUUUUAAUCAAUGUGGCAUCUAUUGCUUAAAUAAGAAAAUCUCUUUUUUUAUAUGUUAAUGCUUUAAUCAAUGUUUGGUUAAAAUAUCAAAAUGCUGCUGGAGUUGAUAAUUGAGAGGUUUGCACCAAUCAUGUAGUUCUAGAUUUAGUUCUUAAAUGCUUGCACAUUAGUUUUUAAACAAGAUACUAAUUUUUUAUCUGAUGCGAUUAAAAGUCACUUACCUGACAUAUAUAAAGAAUGUAUAACACAGCUACAAUUUUUUAUUAAGCAAAUUCCAAAAAAUGAUUCUAAAGAAGGUUAGUCAGUAGCAGAAUAAAUAUCUUCAGCUUACAAAACAAUUUUGGGAAAUAUUCAUGAUUACAAAGUUACUCUCGAACUUUAUACUAGUCUCUAAUAAAUUGUAUAAAAAUGGCCUUUAAUUCAUGAAAUUAAUCCCUUAAUAUUCCAUGAAGUUGAAGAAAUAAUUGCAAUGAGAACUCCAAGAAAUGUUGAAAUUUAAUUCUAUGAAGAACCAACUGAAUGUGAUAGUCCCACUAAAUCAAAUUCAAUUAGAAAGGAAAAUCAAGUAGUAGUAGAGUUACAAAGAUGGCUUAGUAAAAUGAAUUAUCCUAUUCCUGUAAUUUCUAAAAAAAUAGCAAGCAGUGUCAUUAAUUCAUAAAAUAUGUUUAAAUUAAAGGAAAACAUUGAAAUUAUGCUUUCAUUUAUUUAUUGUCCUAUAAAAUAUGAUCCUGCUAAUUGUGUAAAUAUUUAAAUUAUUUUAGUGGAUGAAGAUUGAGUUUGAUCACAAAAUUAGUUUAAAAGAUAUUCCUAAUCUUAAGGAUUGUUAUUCUUUAUAAGCACCUGCUUAUAUAUAUCACAUCAGAUCAAUUAGAUCAUUACAAAGUUUAACGGAUGAAGAAAACCAUUAAAUUAUCGCAAAAGUCAAUCCAGCUUAUUUGUAAAUUGCUUGUAACACUUUCUUAAUAAUUUUUAGUUUCUUAUUUAUCUGAAUGCUUUAAUGAAGAUCAUUUAAAAAAUUGUAAUUUUAAUCAUUUAACUCAAUUACUUUUAUUUUAUUUAGAAAAAGAAUAAGAUAUUUCGAUUUACUUCUGCCUGCAUUAUAAUAUUCCUUAUGCUUUUUUUUUUCAUAUAAAUUAUGAGUAAUCUUCUACAUUUCUCGUAAAUCUCUUUAUCUAAACUAAUAUGUUAGGCCAUCAUAUCUCAGAACAUUAAUAAAAAUUAUAUGAUUAAGUAUGGACAUAUUUUAAGGUUAGUAAAUUGUUCGAAGAUAUUAUAAAUUUAUUAUUGAGCCCUAAGAAUAGAUAAGAUUUUUUAUGUAAAUGCUCAUCAAAUUUUAGAAAUAAUAAAAUGCUUGAAGUUUUUACAUUACAUCCAGAUUUUUAAUUAAAAGAAAAAGUCUAUUAAUAAAAUGAGAAUGAUUUUAAUUUUACUGUUGAAGAAAAAAUUCAUUUAAAAUAUGAUAUAGAUUAAAUCAAACCAUUCGUAUAAAAAAAAACAAUAAAAUAAUUAUCAUUUUUCAAUAAAAUUUCAAAUAAAAUAUUACAUAAUACUAGUGAAAAACCAGCUUCGAUGAUGGAUGUUAUUAGAGUAGCUAUUUAGAAUGCAGAAAUAAUUAAUGAACCUCAUAAAAAAAGAUAAUCGAGAGUAACACGUGAAAAACUAAUAGUUUUAAGAAGUGCUUCAGUAAUGUUCAAUUUAGAUGAACAAGAUUCAAUUAAGGAUCCGUUUGUUCCUUAUAGCUAUAAUCCUAAUCCUUUAGAAUUAAGAGUUGAAACCAAAGAAAGUAAUACUAAAUUUGAUUAAAAGUCUGUUUCAUUUAUAAAGGAUAGCCAAAAAAAUAUAUAUAAAAAACAUUAAAGGAAUUCUUCGUUUUAAUUAUAUCCUUUGUCGUUAAAGGAUGUCACACUUGGUAAAUGGGAUCAUGAAUAGAAAAUGGAUCAAUAUCAUAUUGAAAAGUAUAAAAUAAUUUAUAUUUAUAUAGUUUGAUAAAAGAUGAACCAUUUUGUUAUAAUCUACUUUAAUUUAUAUCAAUAUUAAUUUAACAAUUGAUUUCAGGAGAUCAUAAAUUAUUUAAAAAAAAUGCUUUUCUGAAUAAUAGAUAAUAAUUGUUAGGGUUCAUGUUGCUGGAUGAAAACAGUACAGUUUUUGAUAAUUUAAUGAAAGUAAUAUUAUUUUUUAUUAUAAGAUAUACUUAUUUAAAAUUAAGUUAACUCCUUACAUAAAGGAAAAUAGUGCUAUGUUAUGUGGAUAGUUAGUUAAUCUAAUCAUUAAAAAAAAGCCUGAAUAUAUGAAUUUUUAAGACAAUGCAUAAACUUAUAUUGAUUAUAUAUGUAAGGUAAUUAUUAAUUCUUUACAAUGGAAAACUUCAACAACUUAACAUAUAGAGUUAGAUACCAGCAAAAUCCUAUUAUGCGAGACACUAUAAUUAUUAAUAGAAUAUGGAAUUAGCAGAGGAUAGAUUCAAUUAUUAAAUAGUAUAACUGCUACAACUUGGAGUUGUCUAAUUGAAAUCUGUAAAUAAUGUUUUCCUGUUAAACCUAAUCAAAUAUUUUAAGGUAUUUUUAUAAAAUUGCUUAAACUUAAUUUGGAGUUUGGAUCAGAAUUCAACAUUCAUACUAUAUUUAUGAAAUUAAAUUUAUUAAGUGUCAUUAAAUAAUUGGCAGAAUUAACAUCAUCAAAUUCAGUUUAAAAUAAGAAAUUUAAUUAUUUGAAUGAAUUUAUAAAGACAAUAUGCAAUUUAAUAUCAAAUCUAAUCAGUAAAUAAUCAUCAAAAGAAUGCUUUAAAUUCAUUCAAAAUCUUGAUUCAUGGAGUUAACUUAAAUAAUAAUAUAAAAUUACAUCUCAUAAUCAUGGAAAUAGUUUUUAUAGUGUUGAUUCAAGAUUAAUAAAUAAUUCAACUCCUGUAACAAGUUAGAGUCUAACAAAAAUCAGAAUUCGUAAAUCUGCUCAUUCAUAAGCAUCUAAAGAAUGA